GAUAACUUAGCAUUCAACAAGGUUUCCAACUAUUCUGUGCAACAAUUAGCAACAGCACCAAACUUUGCAAUUCUCUGCAUCCAAAACAUGGGAAGAGGAAAGUUCAAGGGCAAGCCUACUGGUCGCCGCAACUUCUCUCACCCAGAUGAUAUAGCUGCUGGUAACUUUACAAGGCCACGUACUUUUAAACGGGUAGAGGCAGAAGAAGAGAUAGAAGAAGUGUCUGAAGAGGAGGAAGUGGAAGAAGAACCUGAGGUUAGCCAGAAGCGCAAAGGCACUGAGGGAAUAAUUGAGAUAAAAAAUCCUAAUUUCGAGAAAGCAAAGAAUGUGAAGGCCAAAGAUGUUGAUAUGGAGAGGAAAACAGAACUCUCAAGGCGUGAAAGGGAGGAGAUAGAGAAACAAAAGGCUCAUGAGCGAUAUAUGAGGCUACAGGAGCAAGGGAAAACAGAACAAGCAAGAAAAGAUUUAGAACGCUUAGCAAUGAUACGACAACAAAGAGCAGAGGCUGCUAAAAAGCGAGAACAAGAGAAGGCUGCCAAAGAACAGAAGAAGGCCGAGCCACGCAAAUGAAAAGAUGCUGGAAGGUUGAGAUGUCCAGUGAAUUGAGAUAUUGGUUGCUCACAACUCACUCUGGCUCUAAAUCAUUACCCACACACACACACUCUCUCUCUCUUAAUAACAAGGGAAGGUUUAAUAAAAGUUGAUUUUUCUUCUGUACUAUGGCACAAAUUUAAGUUACGUGUCAAGAAUUCUUAUCUCAUAGAUCAGAAAGUCUAUAUAGUUAUUUUGACAUGAAGGGAAUUUUGUUCUAAGAAUGUUCUCUGUUAAACUAAUAUUAAGGAUAUAAAAGAGGAAUAUUCUCUAUCGUUU